AUGGUUGACCAAGCUACUCUUGAUAAAUUAGAGGCUGGAUUCCAGAAGCUCCAGGCCGCUACUGACUGCAAGUCCUUGUUGAAAAAAUACUUGACCAAGGAGGUUUUUGAUCAAUGCAAAGGACUGAAGACAAAGUUGGGUGCCAGCUUGUUGGACUGUAUCCAAUCUGGUGUUGAGAACUUGGACAGUGGCGUCGGUAUUUACGCCCCUGAUGCCGAGUCUUACACUCUUUUUGCCCCCAUUUUCAACCCAAUCAUCGAGGACUACCAUGAGGGUUUCAAGCCUUCAGACAAGCACCCUCCCACCGACUUCGGAGACAUCAACACACUUGUCGACGUUGACCCCACUGGAAAGUACGUAGUCUCCACCAGGGUGCGAUGUGGACGCAGCUUGCAAGGAUAUGCAUUCAACCCUUGCCUCACUGAAGCUAACUACAAAGAAAUGGAGGAUAAAGUUAGCUCCAUCUUCGCCUCAUUCGAGGGUGAGCUCAAGGGCAAAUACUACCCUCUGACCGGCAUGGACAAGGCCACCCAGCAACAACUCAUUGAUGACCACUUCUUGUUCAAGGAGGGUGACAGGUUCUUGCAGGCCGCCAAUGCCUGCCGCUACUGGCCCACCGGACGUGGUAUCUACCACAAUGAUGCAAAGACCUUCUUGGUCUGGUGCAACGAGGAGGAUCACAUGCGUGUCAUUUCCAUGCAGAAGGGUGGUGACUUGAAGGCCAUCGUCAAGCGCCUCGUCGAUGCCGUCAACAUCAUUGAGAAGAAACUUCCAUUCUCUCAUGAUGACCGUCUCGGCUUCUUGACUUUCUGCCCCUCCAACUUGGGAACAACUAUCCGAGCUUCCGUCCACAUUGCUCUUCCAAAACUCGCCAAGGACAAGAAAGUUCUGGAAGAUAUUGCUGCUAAGUUCAAUCUCCAAGUCAGAGGAACACGUGGUGAGCACACUGAGAGUGAAGGUGGUGUUUAUGACAUCUCCAACAAGAGGCGUAUGGGUCUCACAGAGUACCAGGCCAUCAGGGAGAUGCAGGACGGCAUCCUCGAGAUGAUCAAGAUGGAAGCCGCUGCCCCCUAA